AUGGCAACCAAUCUGUCCAUUCAUACUUCUCGAAACUCUUUAGAACAUAAAAAGUGGUCUCCUUUACCUGAAAAUGAAGAAAACUCAUCCAGCUUUGCGCGAACACAGCUACCUUUCCCGCCUCCUUUAACUCGUGAAAUGUUUGCAGCUGCUGAUUUCAACUGUGACAAAUUUCUCGCAAAUCGGCGGCACUUGCCUCUCGAUGAACUAAAGCGUGAACUAAAUGCACAUUUAAGGAGUUUGAAAAAUGAAUUGGUUGAAAUGAUCAAUAGAGAUUAUGCGAGUUUUGUUGACUUAUCGACGAAAUUGAAAGGGGUCGAUAAGGUAAUUGAGGAAAUAUCUCAACCUCUAAGGAAAAUGCGAGAAGAACAAGUUCGUUUCACACUUCAGGGGGUAGUAGACUCUUUGGAACAAAAAUUGGCUCAUCGUGCUUCAAUUCGUGAAAAAAAGGCAUGUUUGCAACUCUUUAUAAACAUCUAUGAAUCAGUACGCAAAGUGGAAGCGCUGUUGCUCAUUAAUAGUGACAAUAGUGUGUCAUUGUCAUCAUCAUCAUCGGGAGAUGACGAGAGUGCUAAUAGUGCCAAGCAGAUUGAACGUGUUGCCAUUGAAUAUAAUCAAAUGCAAUAUCUUGUUAAUAAAGGCAAAGGGUUACCAUUCGUGGAAAAUAUUGAUUGGCGAAUAACGAGAAUAAAAGACACUCUUCGGGCAAAUUUGACUGCUGCAUUACGAUCAGCAUUACAACCAAUGAAAAUUGAAGCAAACUAUACCUCUUCAAAGGACACUUUAACUCAGAUAUUACGCACAUAUGCAUUAAUUGAUCAGACUAAGGCAGCCGAAGAAGUUAUACGUGAAGAAAUGGUUAAACCUUUUGUUCAGGUGACGGUUACACGACAAUUCCUAGAAAAGUCUCCUCAACCAAUCUUGAUACCUUCUACCAAUGUCGUAUCCCCUUCUCAAUCCACAUUUUCUCCUACUUCAAGAACUUUUGCUCCGCAUGCUUUUCUAUCGUCCUCUAAAGAUCCAUUAGCCAUUAUGUAUAACAAAGUACUUGGCUUUAUCAGCAAUGACUGUUUCCUGCUUCUCGAAAUUACUCGUAAGGUUCUCAAGGGAACAAGUUAUGAGAUAUUGGUCAAUUCUGUAUGGGUAGAAGUCGUGGAGUCGAUAAUGAAAAGAUUGCUGAUUAUUUUUAAUCCAGGAAAUCCCAAUGUAUUUCAUAAGAACUAUACAAUAUCAAUGAAUUUUGUAUCAAGUAUUGAAAACAUGUGUUACUCCAAAAAGACAUUACUAUAUCUACGUACGCAUCCCACUUACUUGGAAUUUAUAAAGAGGUGGCAACUGGCAGUCUAUUUUCAACUACGUUUCAGAGAAAUAUCUUUACAGGUUGAAAAUACCUUGAGUUUGGGAUUGAUACUGUCAAGCGAAACAAACAAUGAAUCACACGAUUCAUCUGAAGUUAAAUUAUUGGCUACAAAAUCAAUUAUUACAGCCAUAGAACGGUGUUGGUCCGUUGACGUAUUCGUCUACGGGCUAUCGCAUCGAUUUUGGAAAUUAACAUUACAGCUAAUACAACGGUACAAGAAUUGGUUAUCAUUGAUGAUUGGCGAUUUAGGGGAUUCUAAUUCAUCAGCUAGUGAAAAGCAGUCUUCAAAUCCCACAAUGAUAAGUUCAUCAUCGAGUCGAACAUCAUCCGGUAGUCCUACACCAAGCUCUGUUUCGAUUAGCGAAGCAUCAGAGGAACAGAUAUUGAAGCAGUUAGCCGUGAUUACUUUUGAUAUCGAAAAUUUUACCAUAAAGAUAAAGCAAUUAUUUCGAGAAGUAAUUAUGACUCAGUUACCACCGCAGACGAUGGACGAGCCAUUAAUAGAAGAGAGUAUCAAAAUCUCACUAUUGUCAAUACAGUCUGAUAUACCAGAAGUUAGUCGUACAGUGACCACUAUACUGAUCAAGCGUUGUGCAGAAUAUUUACGACAAACGCGAGGAAUAAUCACCCAGUAUCGGUACAAGAACAGAGAACCGCCCACAGAAUUCUCUUAUUUUGUACCGACAAUCAUGAAACCACUCAUUGUGUUUUGUGAUUUGAAUCAGCACAUAUUGACGGAAUCACGUCGAAAAGAAUGGAGUUUGAUGGUUGCUGAAGGUGUCACAAUGCGAUACUACAAGAAUGUAAGCGAAACACUCGCUACAUUCAAAAGAACUGAAGAAAGUCACAAAUUCAAAAGGAAUCGCGCUGCUGGAAAUAACAAUGACACCGCAACAUCUAUGAAUGAUGAAGAUAAGAUGAGAUUGCAAAUCUUUUUGGAUGUGAAACAGUUUGGUAGAGAGUUGGAAAAUUUAGGAGUUGUGCUUGCAGAUGUUGCAAGCUAUGCAGAACUGUUUAAAGCUGUCGAGCCUUAUGGAGCAAUUGGAAGACAAUAA